GCUUGGCCUUAAAAACCCGCGCCGCGGCCCGAGUCCCUCAGAACACAGACGCAGACGACAGAAGACGCUACCUCAGACCGGUUCCCGCCACUCGCAGACGACAUUCUGACCAGGAACCUUCUCGCCACUCCUUGUUGUGACAGUAACGACAUUUCUGACCAGUGUUUUCUGUGAAAACGUCCCGUCGGAACUUUCGUCUCCAAAAUGAACGGUGCAAUAAUCGCCAUCUGCUUGACGCUGCUACCCGUGCUUAUUGCUGCAGAAAACCCGUGCUGCUCUAUGCCGUGCCAGAACAUGGGCGUGUGUAUGAGAGAAGGCGACAGCUACAGUUGCGACUGUACCCGGACCGGCUACUACGGACAGAACUGCGACAUACCGGAGUUCUGGACCUCCAUCAAAGUCGCCCUGAAGCCCAGUAAGAAGACGACUCACCAUCUGCUGACCAACUACAAGUGGCUGUGGAACAUCGUCAACAGGAUCCCCUUCCUCAGCAAAUUCAUCAUGAGAGCCGUCUACAAAAUCCGGUCCGCCACCGUAGACAGCCCUCCCAUGUACCACACCGGACACGACUACACGAGCUGGGACACGUACGCGGACCGGUCCUACUACACCCGCGCGCUGCCCCCCGUCCCCCCGGGCUGCCCCACCCCCAUGGGGACGGCGGGACGGAAGGAGCUCCCCUCCCCCCAGUACAUCGCCGAGACUUUCCUGGCGCGGAGGAGGUUUAUUCCCGACAAGCGGCGCACCAACGUGCUCUUCAACUUCAUGGCUCAACACUUCACCCACCAGUUCUUCAAAACAGACUUCAAGAAGGGCGCUGGACGCACCUGGGGAGACCAUGGGGUUGACCUGAGCCAUAUCUACGGGGAGACCGUGGAGCGGCAGCACCAGCUCCGCUCCUUCACCGACGGCAAGCUGAAGUUCCAGCGGGUGGAGGGCGAAGUGUACCCGCCCAGCCUGGCGGACGCCCCGGUGCACAUGAUCUACCCGCCGUACGUGCCCGAGGGGAAGCGGUUCGCCAUCGGGCACGAGUUCUUCGGGCUGCUGCCGGGCCUGUUCGUCUACUCCACCGUGUGGCUGCGCGAGCACAACCGCGUCUGUGACGUCAUGAAGGAGCUGCACCCCGACUGGGACGACGAGAGGCUCUUCCAGACAGCCAGGCUUAUUCUUACCGGUGAGACCAUCAACAUCAUCAUUAACGAGUACGUGCAGCACCUGAGCGGCUACAACUUUGACCUGUUCUGGGACCCUGAGCUGCUCUUCUCGGACCAGUUCCAGUACCAGAACCGCAUCUUCGUGGAGUUCAACCAUCUGUACCACUGGCAUCCGCUGAUGCCGGACCAGUUCCACAUCAACGGCAGCACCUACGGCAUGAAGGACUACCUCUUCAACACGGACCUGGUCUUCAAGCACGGCUUCGGGACUACCGUGGACGCCAUGUCCAGGCAGAUAGCAGGACAGAUCGGACCAAAGAACAUCGGACCUGUCAAUCUGAAGGUUGCCGUGGAAACCAUCAAGCACGAGCGGAACUUACGUAUGCAGGGGCUGAACCAAUACCGGAAACGGUUCGGCAUCCCGCCCUACAAAACCUUCCUGGAACUUACAGGUGGUGACGCAGAGAUGGCAGAUCAGCUGGAGGAAGCGUACGGCGACGUUGACGCAGUGGAGCUGUACGUGGGGCUGAUGGUGGAGCAGCCGGCUCCCGGCAGCGUCACCAGCGAGACCAUCAUCGAGAUGGGCGGCCCGUUCUCCGUGAAGGGCCUGCUGUCCAACCCGCUGUGCAGCCCGCAGUGGUGGAAGCCGAGCACGUUCGGCGGGGAGGCCGGCUUCCGCAUGGUGAAGACGGCCACGCUGAAGGACCUGUUCUGCCGGAACACGGCCGGGCCGUGCGGACUCGUCUCCUUCGCCGUGCCGGAAGACGUGCAGCCGACGGGACUGCCCGAGGAGCAGGACGCCUCGUCUCAAGGCAAGGGGGCGUCUCAGAACGACGCCGACUUGGUACCUGUGAACGGCGUCCUGUCAAGCCAAGACAAACACCUGCACAAGGAGGAAAAAACGUCUCAAGACGGUUCCCAAGACCCGGAGACAUCCAGCAAAGUGACCGCCAACGAGAAACCGGUAGCAAAAAACGAGAAGCUACCAAAAAACGGUGUUGCGCAGAAGAAAGAAUUCCAGAAUGGCUCUCCAAAAAACGGACGGGCGUCAAAAAACGACGUUCCAAAAAACGAGCCUGCGCCAAAAAACGGUUUACCGACGGCGUUUCCAAAAAACGGGGCGGCGCCCAGGACUUACGUCAACAGGACGAGUUGUAAACAAUGCGACAGAAUAGAGUUAUGACCACGACUUUCGCUUAGGCAGAAAUCAUCUUAAUUAUUCCCGCACCAAUGAAUUUUCUAUCUGGAUUCUCAGGCUUUAGAGACCAUCGGAAAUGUGCAGUUUUUGUGGUCAUUGUUAAGAGAUGAAAAGUACGAUAUUUAUUGUUCCUAAAUUAUUGAAUAGCCAUAAUCAUGUGUGUUACAAUUGUGCAUAAAAUCUAUUUAUUUCUUGAGGGCUUGAUGUCCUAAUAUUGACCAGUUAUACAAACGAUGUGUAGUCAGACGGAACUGUGCAGAAAUUAGGAUAGACAGAAACGGAAGAUUCUGGUCUCAGGCCGGAGUUUUAGAACAGAUAGUAAGAGACCUUAUGAGUAGGUGACCGCACAAGCUGGGUUGUAGGGACAACAUCAGCACAUGUUUUGUGUUUUUACUUUCCCACAAACUCAAGACCUUUGAAGACGGUUAGCUUUAAAUCAAGAAGUACUGUGAUUGUGUUCUAGCACUUUCUAAAAACACAACAAAGUGAUAAACCGUUACUAAGAAUGUAUAUUUUAGUGGGAAGGUUUUGCACGAAAUUCAGACCCUACAGUUGAUGUUAUCCCUAUAAUUUACCUUGCCUGGCCUGCUGUUUAACAGCGCGACUGUUCUGUCUUCAAGGCGGAGAAAAAAGACACUAAUUCUUACAAGACGUUUCCAGUGUUGUACAUACUUUAUAUUCAAAGGAGUGUACAUAUUGUUAUGAAAGCUUUAAGAGAUGAGAUAUUAAUAUGAAAUAUGCCAUAUUUAUUUAACGAGUCUACAGAGUUACCAGAUGAUAGAUGAAAUGUAAUAUGAGUG